AUGGAGAAAACCGCUCUCAAAACGAAGGCUGUGGAGACAGUGCCGAACAACCUCGUGGCAAAUGCCGAAGCUGCCAUAGCUUGGGAACAUUCAUUGAAUCCUCGUCGCGCCUUGAAAAAAUAUGCCAACGCUGUUUGGUUCGGUGCUUUCGUGUCCCUCGCCCUGGUCAUGGAGGGAUUUGACACCAAGAUCAUGGGAUCACUUUACGCUGUACCUGCCUUCCAGAAAGACUUCGGGUUUCAGACAGCUCGGGGAUCCUAUCAGAUCUCCGCGGCCUGGCAAAGCGGAAUGAGUGGUAUCACGGGGGCUACGUCCAUUUUUGGAAUGUUCUUGGGUGGCUAUGCCUCCGAGAGGUUCGGGUUUCGGAGAACCAUGCUGGCCGCCUUGAUUUCUAUGCCACCAAUUGUUUUCAUCUUUUUCUUUGCGCCUCGUCUCGAAGUCUUGGCGGUUGCAAAUUUCCUGUUCGCUUUUCCUCUGGGUGUCUUUCAGACAGUAACGACGGUAUACGUCACCGAGAUCAUGCCCACCCCGCUUCGCCCUUAUCUCACUAGUUGCUAUUCGCUAGCUUGGGCGUUAGGUCAGCUUCUCAAUGCAGUUGUCUUUCGGGGCACCCUAAAAUUGCCCGGCUCAUGGUCGUACCGUGUUCCUUUCGCUCUCCAGUGGUUCUGGCCAGUUGUUAUCAUCAUCGGGGUCUACAUGGCACCAGAGUCACCUUGGUGGCUAGUACGCCAGAACCGGCUAGCCGAAGCCGAAGCCGCCAUUACUAGGUUGACCUCGAAGGAACUAGAUAUCGAGAUUCAGAAACUUGUCUCCUUGAUUGUCUUUACCACAAAUCACGAGCGAAAUGUCGAAUCGCGUACCAGUUAUCUCACAUGUUUCAAGGGGGUCAAUCUCCGCAGAACCCUCAUCGUCAUUGGCGUUUAUAUUAUGCAGGUGUUGACCGGCGCACCCUUGAGGGCAUGGAUGACCUACUUCUUCCAACAAGCCGGACUACCUACUGAUCAAUCGUUCAACAUGACGAUUGUUGCAUUGACGCUCUCUGUAUUGGGAGUUCUGGGUGCAUGGGCCAUUUUGACCUAUACGGGUCGAAGAAGAAUGUAUCUGUUUGGCAACUUAAUCUCCGUAGUCCUUUUCACAGCCAUCGGCGGAAUGGGAGCCAAGCUCCAAAAUGGCUCCUCCUCAGCAUUGGGCUGGGGUAUUGGGGCUCUCCUAGCAUUGGAUGGCUUUGUGGCCAAUCUUCUGAUCCUGCCUGUCACGUUCGUGUUGGUUUCUGAAAUUCCAUCUUCACUCCUUCGAAGCAAGUCGGUUGUGGUUGCACGCAACACCUACGCUGUCGUCAACAUUGUCGCCGGCACGAUCACGCCAUACAUGAUUAAUCCCACGGCUUGGAAUUGGGGAGCUCUAACGGGAUUCUUUUGGGCUGGCGCUUGCGUUAUUGGAUUCACUUUUACGUUCUUCAUGGUCCCAGAGUCCAAAGGUAGAACAACCGCGGAGAUGGAUCUUUUGUUUGAGCAAAAAGUCCAUGUCCGGAAGUUCAAGGUCACGGAGGUCACCCUGUCCGACGUUGAAGGGAGCGGGCUACCCUAG